AUGAAUAAAGUAGUAUAUGUGUCCCUGUUGUGGAGACACAAGGCGGUACUUAACACGACGGGGCAUAGAGUGUAUCAUCCUCACGUUGGCAUUUUGGAGAAGAAGUUUUACUCAACUGGGAGAGAUACGAAUACCGUUAAGCGCGUCAAGUGCCAUAACUGCCACCGUGACAUCAGCCUUGACGUAGUUCCCCUCAGUUGUCACACCUGCAGUGCGCUGCUCCACGUGGAUGCAUUCAAACAGUUUAGCUUCUUUGAGCUUUUUGGCCUGUACGGAUUUGUGAAAGGGGGGGGUCCCUUUCCUGGGCAGUGA